UCCUCUCCUGGAUGUUAUUGCCCCUUUCCCGGUGCGGGACGCGGUAGUAGCGAGCGAGAGGGCCGGGCCCCGGGCCCUCUGUGUCCUUUCCCGGGGCAGGGACGAGCCAGUGACUUGACUCUUGGACGCUGAGCCAGGAGGGAGCGCAGGAGGCCGCCGUCCCUCCUGGCGGGCUCCCCUCACACUACUCUCCGUCUUCUCCACCUGCAGCCGCCUGGACGACUCCGGACGGACUGCCUAGGGCAGGGGUGGCGGUCUCAGCCGCCCGGGCAGGGGCGAGGCCGCGGCCCUCGGGGCGGCUGUAGCGGCGUCAGCGCUGGGGAGGAGGAGGAGAGAAGAUGGCGUCGGAGCUGGAGCUCGAGAUGCAGGCCAUCGACCGGAGUUUGCUGGAAUGUUCGGCCGAGGAGAUCGCGGGGAAAUGGCUGCAAGCAACUGACCUCACUAGAGAAGUGUACCAGCACUUAGCCCACUAUGUACCCAAAAUCUACUGCAGGAGUCCCAACCCUUGUCCACAGAAGGAAGACAUGGUGGCACAGCAUGUUUUGUUGGCGCCGAUGGAAUGGUACCUUUGUGGUGAAGAUUCUGAGUUUGGGUUUCCAAAACUUCAACAAGCAAACAAACCUUCUCAUCUUUGUGGUCGUGUUUUUAAAGUAGGAGAGCCUACAUACUCUUGCAGAGACUGUGCAGUUGAUCCAACUUGUGUUUUAUGCAUGGAUUGCUUUUUGGGAAGUAUUCACAGAGACCAUCGAUAUAGGAUGACAACAUCAGGAGGUGGAGGUUUCUGUGACUGUGGUGACACUGAAGCUUGGAAGGAGGGUCCUUACUGUCAAAAACAUGAGCUUAACACCCCUGAAAUUGAGGAAGAAGAGGAUCCUCUUGUGCAUUUAUCAGAAGAUGUGAUAGCAAGAAGUUAUAACAUUUUUACUAUUAUGUUUCAAUAUGCAGUAGAGAUAUUAACCUGGGAAAAAGAAAGUGAAUUGCCAGCAGAUUUAGAGAUGGUAGAGAAGAGUGACACCUACUAUUGCAUGCUGUUUAAUGAUGAAGUUCAUACAUAUGAACAAGUUAUUUAUACACUUCAGAAAGCUGUUAACUGUACACAAAAAGAAGCUAUUGGCUUUGCAACUACUGUAGAUCGAGAUGGACGUAGGUCGGUUCGAUGUGGAGACUUCCAGUAUUGUGAGCAAGCCAAAUCAAUAAUUGUGAGAAAUACCAGUAGUAGGCAGACCAAGCCGCUGAAAGUUCAAGUCAUGCACUCGUCUCUUGUUGCACAUCAGAGUUUUGGCUUGAAAGUUCUGUCUUGGCUGGGAAGCGUUAUUGGGUACUCAGAUGGUCUUCGCCGAAUUUUGUGUCAAGUUGGUUUACAAGAAGGGCCAGAUGGUGAAAACUCUUCUCUAGUGGACAGGUUGAUGCUGAGUGACUCCAAACUGUGGAAAGGUGCUAGGAGUGUGUAUCAUCAGUUGUUCAUGAGUAGUCUACUUAUGGAUUUGAAAUACAAGAAACUGUUUGCCGUUCGAUUUGCAAAGAAUUACCAGCAGUUGCAGAGAGAUUUUAUGGAGGAUGAUCACGAGCGAGCAGUGUCCGUGACUGCUCUGUCUGUCCAGUUCUUCACCGCACCUACUUUGGCUCGGAUGCUCAUCACAGAAGAAAACCUGAUGACCAUUAUCAUUAAGACUUUUAUGGAUCACUUGAGACAUCGAGAUACCCAGGGCAGGUUUCAGUUUGAACGAUAUACUGCUUUACAGGCCUUCAAGUUUAGGAGAGUUCAGAGCCUUAUUUUAGAUCUCAAGUAUGUAUUAAUUAGCAAACCAACUGAAUGGUCAGAUGAUCUGAGGGAGAAGUUCCUAGAAGGAUUUGAUGCCUUUUUGGAAUUACUCAAAUGUAUGCAGGGAAUGGAUCCAAUUACACGUCAAGUAGGACAGCAUAUUGAAAUGGAACCAGAGUGGGAAGCAGCCUUCACGCUGCAGAUGAAAUUAACACAUGUCAUUUCAAUGAUGCAAGACUGGUGUGCUUUAGACGAAAAAGUGUUAAUUGAAGCUUACAAGAAAUGCCUUACAGUAUUGAUGCAGUGCCAUGGUGGUUUUACUGAUGGUGAACAGCCAAUCACAUUAAGCAUUUGUGGACAUUCAGUGGAAACUAUCAGAUACUGUGUUUCCCAAGAAAAAGUUAGCAUUCACCUCCCAGUGUCUCGCUUACUCGCAGGUUUGCAUGUAUUAUUAAGCAAAAGUGAAGUGGCAUAUAAAUUUCCAGAGCUCCUACCUCUAAGUGAACUGAGCCCACCCAUGUUGAUAGAACACCCUCUUAGAUGUCUUGUUUUAUGUGCCCAAGUACAUGCAGGAAUGUGGAGAAGAAAUGGCUUCUCUCUAGUAAACCAGAUUUAUUACUACCAUAAUGUGAAGUGCAGACGUGAAAUGUUUGACAAGGAUAUAGUAAUGCUUCAGACAGGUGUGUCCAUGAUGGACCCAAAUCACUUCCUGAUGAUAAUGCUCAGCCGCUUUGAACUUUACCAGAUUUUCAGUACUCCAGACUAUGGGAAAAGAUUUAGUUCUGAGAUUACCCACAAGGAUGUAGUUCAGCAAAACAACACUCUAAUAGAAGAAAUGCUAUACCUCAUUAUAAUGCUUGUAGGAGAGAGGUUUAGUCCUGGAGUUGGACAGGUAAAUGCUACAGAUGACAUUAAGCGAGAGAUUAUCCAUCAGCUGAGCAUCAAACCUAUGGCUCACAGUGAAUUGGUAAAGUCUUUACCUGAAGAUGAGAACAAGGAGACUGGCAUGGAGAGUGUAAUUGAAGCAGUUGCCCAUUUCAAGAAGCCUGGAUUAACAGGACGAGGCAUGUACGAACUGAAACCGGAGUGCGCCAAAGAGUUCAAUUUGUAUUUCUAUCACUUUUCAAGGGCAGAGCAGUCCAAGGCAGAGGAAGCUCAACGGAAAUUAAAAAGACAAAAUAGAGAAGAUACAGCACUUCCGCCUCCAGUUUUGCCUCCAUUCUGCCCUCUGUUUGCAAGCCUGGUUAACAUCUUACAGUCAGAUGUGAUGCUGUGCAUCAUGAGGACGAUACUGCAGUGGGCUGUAGAGCACAACGGAUAUGCCUGGUCUGAGUCCAUGCUGCAAAGGGUAUUACAUUUAAUUGGAAUGGCACUACAAGAAGAAAAACAGCAUUUAGAGAACGUCACGGAAGAGCACGUAGUAACAUUUACCUUCACUCAGAAGAUAUCAAAACCUGGUGAAGCACCGAACAACUCUCCUAGCAUACUAGCCAUGCUGGAAACGCUGCAGAAUGCUCCCUACCUAGAAGUCCACAAAGAUAUGAUUAGGUGGAUAUUAAAGACGUUUAAUGCUAUUAAGAAGCUAAGGGAGAGUUCAUCCCCCAGUCCUGUGGCUGAGACAGAAGGAACCAUAAUGGAAGAGAGUUCAAGAGACAAAGACAAAGCUGAGAGGAAGAGAAAAGCUGAGAUUGCCAGACUGCGCAGAGAAAAGAUCAUGGCCCAGAUGUCUGAGAUGCAGCGGCACUUUAUCGACGAGAACAAAGAGCUCUUUCAGCAGACGCUAGAACUGGAUGCCUCUGCCUCCGCUGUUCUGGAUAACAGCCCUGUGGUUUCAGAUAAGACACUUACAGCAUUGGGCCCAGCACAAACUCAGGUCCCUGAACAGAGACAGUUUGUUACCUGUAUACUGUGUCAAGAGGAGCAGGAGGUGAAGGUGGAAAGCAAGGCAAUGGUCCUGGCAGCAUUUGUUCAGAGAUCAACUGUAUUAUCAAAAGAUAGAAGUAAAUUUAUUCAGGAUCCAGAAAAAUACGAUCCAUUAUUCAUGCAUCCUGAUCUAUCUUGCGGAACACACACGGGUAGCUGUGGACACAUUAUGCAUGCCCAUUGUUGGCAAAGGUAUUUUGAUUCCGUUCAAGCUAAAGAACAGCGAAGGCAACAGAGGUUACGCUUACACACAAGCUAUGAUGUAGAAAAUGGAGAGUUCCUCUGCCCCCUUUGUGAGUGCUUGAGCAACACUGUUAUUCCUCUGCUGCUUCCUCCAAGAAAGAUUUUUAACAGCAGGUUAAAUUUUUCAGACCAACCAAAUCUGACUCAGUGGAUUAGAACAAUAUCUCAGCAAAUAAAAGCAUUACAGGCUCUUGGGAAAGAAGAGAGCACUCCUCAUACCACCUCUUCAAAGAAUUCAGAAAAUAUGGAUGAAUUUCAGCUCCCUGAAGGGUUUAGGCCUGAUUUUCGUCCUAAGAACCCUUAUUCUGAGAGCAUAAAAGAAAUGCUAAAAACAUUUGGAACUGCUACUUAUAAAGUGGGACUAAAGCUUCAUCCGAAUGAGGAGGAUCCCCGUGUGCCUGUAAUGUGUUGGGGUAGCUGUGCGUACACCAUCCAAAGCCUAGAAAGAAUUUUAAGUGAUGAAGAUAAACCAUUGUUUGGUCCUUUGCCUUGCAGACUGGAUGACUGUCUUAGGUCACUAACAAGAUUUGCUGCAGCGCAUUGGACAGUGGCGUCACUUUCAGUGGUGCAAGGACACUUUUGUAAACUUUUUGCAUCAUUGGUGCCUGAUGACAACCAUGGAGACCUUCCAUGCAUAUUAGAUAUUGACAUGUUUCAUUUAUUGGUGGGCUUGGUGCUCGCGUUCCCUGCACUGCAGUGUCAGGAUUUCUCAGGGACCAGCCUUGGCACCGGGGACCUUCACAUUUUCCGUCUGGUUACCAUGGCACACAUCAUCCAGCUCUUACUUACCUCGUGUACAGUAAUUCCUUAUCUUUCAGAAGAGAAUGGCAUGGAUGAAGAGAGUCCUGCUGGUGAAGAAGAAUCAGCAGUUCUUGCUUUGUAUAAAACACUUCAGCAGUGCACAGGAAGUGCCUUGAAGGAAGUACCCCCCGGCUGGCAUCUGUGGAGGAAUGUCAGAGCUGGAAUCCUGCCUUUCCUGAAGUGUUCUGCUUUGUUUUUUCAUUACUUAAAUGGAGUUCCUUCCCCACCCGAGAUGCAAGUUUCUGGAGCAAGCCAUUUUGAACAUUUAUGUAACUAUCUUUCCCUGCCAAGCAACCUCGUUUCCCUUUUUCAAGAAAAUAAUGAGAUAACAAAAUCACUGAUUGAAAGUUGGUGUCAUAACAUUGAAGUUAAAAGAUAUCUAGAAGGUGAAAGAGAUGCUAUAAGCUAUCCAAGAGAAUCUAACAAGUUAAUAGACCUUCCAGAGGAUUACAGCAGCCUCAUUAAUCAAGCAUCUAAUUUCUCGUGCCCCAAAUCAGGCGGUGAUAAGAGCAGAGCCCCAACCCUGUGCCUUGUGUGUGGAACUCUGCUGUGCUCCCAGAGCUACUGCUGUCAGACCGAGCUGGAAGGAGAAGACGUGGGCGCCUGCACAGCUCACACCUACUCCUGUGGUUCUGGGGUGGGCAUCUUCCUGAGAGUGCGGGAAUGUCAGGUGUUGUUUUUAGCUGGCAAAACCAAAGGCUGUUUUUAUUCUCCUCCUUACCUUGAUGACUAUGGGGAGACUGACCAGGGACUCAGACGGGGAAAUCCUUUACAUUUGUGCCAAGAGCGGUUUAAGAAGAUCCAGAAGCUCUGGCAGCAGCACAGUGUCACGGAGGAAAUCGGACACGCACAGGAAGCAAAUCAGACGCUGGUUGGCAUUGACUGGCAGCAUUUGUAAUACUUCACUACCAAAAGCACCAACUUGAUUUUUGUAACCCAGCUGGCUUUCCCAGAAAGAGAAUAGGAAAUAAGUCUGCUGAAUUUGGAAGUAACUUCUUUGUUUAAGCUAUUCUUCCAGUUUUAUUUUUUAUAGUUUCUGGCUCCAGGGACUGAUGAAAAUCAUCUUCCACUGGCAGAUUCUCUUGCGCCAUUUGCUGUGUCCCUCAAGCGCAACUUGUUGAGUUUCAGGAUCCCGCGAGCAGCUCUCUUCCUGUGCUGGGCACAGCCCCUUUGUGGGCAUCUGCCCGGGCUUGACUGUACCCAGGAGUCUGAGCCGUGGUACAUUACUGAUCGCAGGGAGCUCCAGGCUGGAGCUGAUUCAGCGGCAGGAAACCGAGUCUCCGUGCUGUGUUGGGGUCACGCUCUCUGGUCCCUCUCAGUGACUCUCAACACUGGGACAGGGUCAGUGUGCCCUGCUGACGGGACCCUACCUCUAAGUGCAAAGCAGUGGAUUCUGACAGCGGCAUUCCCUUGUCUCCAUCAGCCCUGAGAGCACUGGGCCACUUGUGCGGGCAGAGCCUGUGGGAGGAGGGGAAGGAGGUGGUUUCUUCGUGUGCUGGGUGUUUGCAGAGCUGCGGAAGGUUGGAUUUUUUUUCCUUUUUUUGACAAGACUUCUGGCUUUGAGAGAAAAAUCUCAUUUUAAAGGGCUUUUUGAAAACUUAAAGAGUAUGCUAAUUUUUCAGAUGAUAUAUUCUCUUAUUUUUAAGACUAAAUUGAGAGCGUAUGCAUCUAGAAUCCAACACUAGCAAGAAAAAUGAGAACUCAGUGUUUCGUGGUUCCCCCUCCCCAACCCUCACCCCUUCCAGCAUUUCCUGGGAUAGAUGAAUUGCUGUUUACCCGCUGGCUUACUUAGUACAUUGCUGGGACAGCCUCUGUGCCCGGGCUUUUUAUUGUUUUUAAACAUUAUUGUUCUUACGAAGAGGUGCCUUCCUAGAAUGAUAGCCACUUAGUAAAAUGGCUUAUAACUAUUACAUGCCACACAGCGACUCUCGUUUGAUAUAAUGUGCUGAGAGCUUGAAUGCACACAGAGAGUGAUGCCAGAUUUAGUGGAGGGAUAAAAUCAGAACCUCUUUAAGGCGAGGCUAAGGGACAAAUGAGUAAAUAAGAGGCUCUUGGAUUCUUUCAGCCAAUGCGAGUAACCCUUUCACUCAGUUUCCUUUGAACUGCAUCGAAAAGUUCCUUCCCACGCGGAGGAAGGUCAGAAAUCCAGGCUUUCGGCUAAAAUAAGUGGGGAUGCAGAAGCCACAUUCACUGCUUCCUCUCCAAGGCAGUGUGUGAAAGAACCUUCUUUGAAAGGAUGUCCUUAACCUCACUUUGGGACUGGCUCACCCAUCUGAGAGGAGGUGUUUCUCACCCAGUAGGAAGAAAAUCCAAAUUUGAACCCAGUGCUGUCCCUUUUUCUUGCCUUUCUCCCGUUCAUAAGAUCUGGCGGUUUGGGCUGUGGAUGGCAUCAUGACUUUAAUUUUAUUUUGGCCUUUGUCACAUCCCCAUUCCUUUAGCUUUUAAGUCCAGCUUCUUUGGGCUUUUUUCCAUAUGUUCAUCAAGCUCAAAUUUAAAAUGAUAAGACCAGGUUUCUCCCUCUGUAAAUUAUGGACAUUUUCACCAAAUCAUAGCUAUAAUCCCACUUUCAGGACUGACUUCAUGGAAGUUUGUUGUUAGAAGAGGGUGUCCCUGGAUUCCAUUCUCUUAGAAUGUUCGGAAGUCUGAGAGAAGAUGAAUUCAUGUGAAAUAACACCAUUUUCUCUUCUGGUGUGUGCAUCAGUAUCUGAUUGUCUUCCCUACCUAAUGAAUCAUCUUAGUUUUAUGAUUUGUUCCGCAUGUAUUAUGUUUAUUGUAGAAAUGUUUAUAUAACAUGCUUUCCAUAUCAGGGAAAAUCAUAUCUGUUUAAUAAAUUGGCUAUAACUUUAAUAUCUGUGGACAACUUGUAAAAUUUGGAAUGUAUCAUAUGUAAAAAAUUUAAAGAUAUCCAAAUAAAUGCUUUAGGUGUUGA